CUCUUCCAACAUGGCGGAACAGGAGAAGAUCGAUCUGAUCAUCUCUCUUCAGCGGUCAUUCGAACAAUUUAGAGAAGAUGAGGCUAACAGCCAUCUAGUGCUCGUGGCUUCAAAACAGUGUCUUGAUCAUAGGGAGAUAACACCCCUAGUAGAGGAGUUAACUCACUGCAAAAAUAUGGAUGUUCUGGAGUUUGUUGGUUGGGAGCUGAUAAGUAUUAUGUCCCAAGAUUGCACCAGUCUUGCUGAAAGCAUGCCGUUAUUACAAGAAAUAGCUGAGAGAUGCAAUCCUAAGGAGGUGUGCCUUGGUGUGGUUGAGAGAAUGGACUCUACACAUUCUUCUGAGAUUUUUAUUUCCCUUCUGCCAAUACUGCAAAAAGCCCUGACAAGACUCAAGUCUGGCAGAUCAAAGUUUAUCAAGAUGUCCUUACCUCAGAUAAGUUCUCAUCUUGGCACAGAGAAAGGGAGGAGCCUAAAUCAUCAUGUCAUUGAAGCCUCUGUCAGUUUCUUAGAUCAUCUUGUUCAAGAUGUCUCACCACUAUCACCUGUAUCGCCUGACCAGUCAACAGCAGAAACAACAGGUGAAAAUGAACAAGCUAAGGAAGCUCUUACUAAAUGUUUGGUGCGUAUUCUUGGGCAUCCUCUCGCAUCAACGCACCUCUCUACUCAUACCAGUGAUGAAAUGUUUGGGAAAACCACAGACGAUGAGAAUCACAGAUGUCAUGCACAAGCCGUGUUGGGUAUGCUCGGUAGACUCCAGUGUCAACCAAUGAACUUGAUAGAGCAUGCAUCCAGGCACCCUUCAUCCUAUGUUACACACGAGAAAUUAAAAGAUGGGGAGACUUGCAUCUAUGAGGGUGAACUGUCGCUGGUGGGUCUUAGCUGCUAUAGUUAUCUGGUAUUUGUCGAAGAAAUGCCAUGUGGGCACAUACCCAAAGUAUACAGCAAUAAAUACCUUCUGAGGAUCAACAUCCCACACAUUAGGUGCUUAUUAGCAAGGACAGACUCGCAUCUUGUUUUCAAAGGACUGGCAUUGCUAUCCCUCCUGAUGGACAGGCUCGGGCCAUCCUCGCUCCAUCACCGUUAUCUCGACAUUUGUAUGGUCCAGAAAAUGGCAAAGGAGCUCAUGAAUGUGAUGACACUGUGUAAGGCAAAACUUCUGAGGCAGCGUGCUGUCAAGUUCUUACCGACGUUCCUCUCCAAAUUAGAUACACGAGGGCGGUAUAUGUUAUUGAGGUGUUUGUUGAGUGAUUGUGCACAUGCUGGUGUUGCAAGUUUAUUAAUCCAUACGAUAAAAGAGGAGAUAAACCAAAGCUUACAGACCAGGGAGGGAGACAAGUGGUUCAUGGGAAGUCAGCUGAUCUCUCUGAUGCAGACGGUUUACAAACUUCCCCCAGGGGCAGGGAGAGAGGCCGAUCUUGUGCCCGAGACUGAAAGGGUGAUGUCAGCCUUGAACUGCCUGCGUUUUAUUCUUCUUCGCGAUAAAGACGACAGGACAUCAGUGUGGGCGAAUCUCAAGAUGAUUCAGAAAGAGUUCUUGGAACCGCUUGGUGAGGCAGUCGACCACACCCGGAUGAACUAUCGCAAAGAACUACACGAUAAAGAGCAUAACAAAGGCUCUACAGAGAGGACACGAGAAGACAGUGAAAUUAACUUUUCUGUCAACACCCCGGAUGGAGAGUCGAUCAGUAUGAUGCCACGUGAGCAGCAGUGCGAGGCACUUAAAUCUGGAUUACACGCUCUGGACAUGAUGGAAUGCAUUUUAUCACACAUCCGGGAUAUUACAUCAUCCAGGUGUAGGAAAUAAUCAUGUCUGGACUACCCAUAGUAUCCAGCACCGUUAUCUAUCUGUCCGGGAUCAUGGCCAUCGUGCUGUCUGUCUCCACGACCAUCAUCAACACGAGUCUUCUUUUUGUCAUUGUAAAGGACCCGCUCAAGUGCCUUCGAAAGCCGUCCACUGGUUUUAUCACCUCCCUCGCUUUAACAAACCUCGCGUUUGGACUCGUGACUGAUACGACAUACGCCAUGGCGCUAUUUGAAGGCCUUGGCUCGGGCUACGUGAACAUGGAUCUCAAAACCAUUCAAACGGCUUCGGGAUUCUUCACAUUUACAAGCGUCGUGGUCGUUAUCGUCGCAUUGACCGUGGAAUGCCUUCUGGGCACACUUUUCCCCAUUUUUCAUCGCAAUUGCAUCACGUUUAAAUCGUCGAUUUUGGUGUCGUGCGGUGUUUGGGCAUACGCCCUUCUAUUCACCAUGAUGCAAUUUGCGGAUAUCAACUUUGAAGUCUACGAGUUGUUGGACACACAUCUUCACCACACCGUGCCAUUUGGUGCAAUACUGCUGUGCUAUCUGUUCAUCUAUCGCGGACUCAGGAAGCGAACGCGCGCAUG